AUGCAAAUAAAGUGCAGUCACGCCUUUCAGCGAGACCCUUCUAAGUAUGGUGCUAUUUUUGAGAUGACUGUUGGAGGUUCUGUCAACUAUUCCAAAUUUCAGAUGCCAGAAAAUUUCUCACUUGGAGUUCCUGGCUAUAGUUGCGGACAGGCAAUUGAUGCGAUUCCCACCAAGUACACAAUAGAUGGAGGCCGAAGUCUGCUUUCUACAAUGACACAAUUGUUACUUGCCCCAGAUGCAGCAGCGGCUGCCAAGGACAACCUAGAGCACGAUGUGUAA